GUAAACAAGGGGUUGUAAAAAAUAUUAAAUAAACUUUAAAAUCUUUCAUAGCAAUAAAAUUUACCUUAAAUGCCUAACAUUAAGCAAUUAAAUGUAUUAAUAUCACUUCUAAAAGUAGUGUUUACUAACAUACGUUCGUUUUUCAUAUUGGUGAAACAACUUUUAAAGUUCAUUACAUCUCCAAUUGAUCCACCUCUAAUGAGAACCUGAUAUUAUGACGGAUAAAGAAUAUGAAACAUAUGAGUACCUGCCUGAAGGAAAUGAGGUCGAUCAAUUUUUUUUAGUACAAGAUGAUGGUUCUUUCUUAAGUUUAAAUAAUAGACAAGUACAAUAUAUGACACAAGGACAAGAUGUUAAAGAAAAUGUUAGUCAUGUUCAGCCUUGUGCAGUGUAUGAUGUUUCAUCUCCACAAUUCUUAAUAGAUGUUAAUAACUCAGCUGAAGUUAUCUCUGUGCCUGAUCAGUUUAUGUUACCUAAUGGUCAAAACAUUAUUAUUGCCAACAAUUAUCUCCUACCAGAGCAAAAUGUUAAUGAAGAGCAGAUAGUACACCAAGAUGAAGUCAUACAAUAUGAAGAACCAGAAAAACAAAUUAGUACAGAAGUGGAUAAUGAAAUGCAAAAAACAACAGAUAAUUGUACUGAGAUAACAUUGAGUGAUGAACAAUUUCAUGUACUAGAACAAAAAGGAUGGAUUCUUCUAGAAACAAAUGAUAAAGUAUAUGUUCUCGACACAUUAGGACUUCAUGAUAUAACAACAAAUGAUAAAUUAAUUCAAAAAUUAAAAUGUUCAGAGGGAAGUAAUGAAUGCAUUCAAGAAGAAAUAAGCUUGUCAAGGCAACAGGAUAACAUAAGCCUAAAUAUAGAUGGGGAUGUACAAUUAUCGGAAGAUAUUAUUGAAGACCAUGGCACAUUCUUUAUGAACUCAAAUCAUGAUGAUCAAUAUGUAGAAUCUAUGGAAAUCUCAAGUCUAGAUGCAACAAAUGAAAACGAUAAUUCAGUAAAAGUCCAAGUGACUGAAGACCAAAAUAAUACAGAACAAAGUAACACAUCGGAGAGUAAAUGCGAUAUAAAACAAGAACAGAAUAUAUAUAAACAAGUGCUAAAUAUAAAUAACGAAAAUGUCGAUGCAAAUCUAAUGGAUAUUUUGAAAACAAGAAACGCAAUUUUAAAAGUCAAAACUAAUAUCGCCUUUAAAGAUAUUCCAAAUAAAAUAGCUUUAGGAGAGACUAAAAAUGGCAAGAAAUUGUACGCAAAAAUUACAAAAUUGAACAAUAUUGAUACGCCAUUAAAACAACACCCACCGAGAUAUAUGAAGCAAGUUCUGCGAAAUAAAGUUAAUUGCAAAGAUAACAUCAAAGAAAAGAAGUUAAACAGUAUGAACGUAGAUGAGAAACUAUUCGAGACCCUGAUCAGGCAGGCGAUGCAGAAGGACGUGGGAGUGCGGUGCAGUGCGCAAGACAUCUCCUCCGCGCACAACACUGUCAUGCAGAUCCUCAAGAUACCUGACUUCAAGACCUCAGUGCUUGAUAGGAAUCUAAUUAUCACAAAGGUGGUAUCAAUGCAGGAUGAGAAGGGCGCGUACAGCAGCGGUGGUCAGCCCUCGCUGGUGACGGGCCGAGUCACCGCCGACUCCGGCCGCCAUUGCUUCCUGCACGUCCCCGACAUGCUUCACACUAUUAUGAAUAAAACACAAGAUUAUAAGCCGGAAAUCAAAAAAGGAGACAUACAAGAUGGUACACAUUUCGAGGACAAUUGUGUCUUACAUGUACAUGUAAAUGAAAUCAAACGAGCUGACAAUGUACUACGAGUAUCUAUUACAUUAAAUACAAGGAAGCUACCGACUAAAGAGACAUCUGAAGACAAUAAAAGAAAACUUUCCGGCAAAGCGUUCGCUUGUCGCAUCUGCGCCGAGAUAUUCAAGACUGAAGAUGAGUUGAAACAACAUCAACAGACAUUGUGUCUUCAUAAUUUAGAUGUCGACGGAGAUCUUUCAAUAGAUUUAAACAAAAUGGCUGCAGGGUACAGUACUGUCAUUGAAAAUGGAAAAGAUAAAAUAUACCAUUGUAAUCAAUGUAAAAUGAAAUUUAUAAAGUUGCACAACUGUUUAAAGCAUUUGAAAACUCAUUACAACUCGGAGACAAUAAAUGAUUCUACAGACAGUCUGUUAAAUGUGAAAAAUAUUGGGAAAUGUAUACAUAAAUGCAAUAUAUGCUCUUGUACUUUCAAACAUCACCAGACAUUAGCUAAGCAUAUCAUCAAUAGACAUAUUAAAAUCUGAACAGAAUUAAAGAAGACAGAUGUGAAGUGGAAGUAAUUCCGCGUUUCGUCUGAUGAGUGUGUUACC